UGUGACUGAGCCGCAUUCCUGCAGGGUCGAUCAUGAAGUCGAGCUGUCCGUCCGUCUGUCUGCCCCCCCUCCCGGGGGCCGCCGGGUCUCCCCAGUAGCGCUUCCAAGCGGGGGGGAACUUUACCAGAGUCCGGGUCAGCCUGCCCUACUUUCCUCCGCCUGCGCCUGCAGGAGUGACUGAUGGCUGAGCCCAAGCCUGCAGACUCCGCAAGGUGUAAUUAUUUCUUCCUCUAUGAUGGAUCCAAGGUCAGAGGAGAGGGCGAUCCUACGAGAGAGGGAAUCUGCUACUUCUACCCUGAGGAGACUCCUUUAGAUGAGCAGGAGCUGCUGUGCGGGCAGCUCGCCGGCGUGGGCCGCUGCGUGUCCGAGCUUUCAUCCUCGUCCGUGCGCACGAUCAGGCUGCAUCGCAGUAACUUUGCCAUCCGCAUGAAGGGCGACUUCUUCUGGGCUCUGGGCUGCUCUGUGGAAGUUCCCACCGUCAGCGUCUGCGAGCUUCUGGAUCGGCUCAUAAACCUCUUCUGCUUCUACAACGGCUCUGUUCGCCAGAGCUACCAGUCUCACAGGCGGGAAACUCUGGCCGCUCAGUGGGCGCGGUAUCUCUCGCAGCUGCAGUCGGGACCGUCACAGUUCUACUACAUUUUCAGCUGUUUGAAGACCCUUGACCCCACCAACGUGGACCCGCUGCUGCUCCUCAAAGCCGCCCUCAUCCUGCAGGCAUGCCAGCGUUGCCCUCUAGUGUUGGCCGGCUGCAUUCUCUUCAGAGGAAGAGUUGUCAGUACGCAGAUGCCUCCCGAGCUCACGAUGAAGGUCAUGGUCCACGAGAGUGAAACCUACACCAAGGCCCAGAGGUCCGGUGGACCGAACAGAUCCAGCUCGUUUGGCAGCAACGUCAGCUCCACGGCCGUGUUCCUGACCACGUCUGAGCUCCAGUACCUGCAGUCUCCUCCCGUCGACAAGGACUACAGCUCUCACUCCACUCCACACAAAGACGCUCCCCCGAAGAGAACCCGCCUUUCCAGAACGUUAUCAGACACGCCCUCCAUGGAGUCGGAGCCAGCUCUUCCCAGCUCCCCCCGGGCCGCCCACACGUCGCUCCACAGCCCUUGUUUUGCAGCUUCUUCAGAUAACUCCGUGUUCAGCCCAGCUCCGUCUCAGAGCGCCACCGUCUCUCCGUCACCCGUCUCAGCACCGUGGUCGCCCAGACCUUCGCUCUCAAGUCGGAGGAACUCUCAGGAAACUGAGGAUGACGCUCCGGAAGAGUCCUACUAUCACAGCUUUCACAGCAACGGAGAUGGAGACGGCUCGGAGUUUGGAGAAAAGGCCUUUCUAAACGGAGGCGGUGGAGGGGAUGGAGACGCGGCCGGCGGGACGGCGUUUGACUUCAGAGGGGCUCACUCUGGGGACGAGCAGACACAGGCCGAUAAGAUGCUGGUGGGAGAUAGCGGAGUCUGCUGCGGGAGCAGUAAAGGCCCAGCGGCGGAGCUUCGGCACCCUCCUCCCGUGUCCUGUGUGUUUGACAGCUUGGACGGUCCGCUGAUCCCCAUGACGCUCUACAUCCACCGGGUCAACGGCUUGGUGCUGGCGCUUCUGGUGGAGCCGCAUUUCAUGAGUGACACGGCUUCUGUGGAGGAAGUGUAUCACUGCAGCCUGGCUUCCCUCAACGGACUUGAGGCCCAUCUCCGGGCCAUCGCUCCAGGGGGCCCGGGGGCUCCGGGGCCCUACAUAUUUGCCCAUUUUGACUGCAUUCAGAGCACCCUAACAACCAACAUGUCUGGCCGACCAGGGGGAGCCCCGGAGCAUCCUUUUGUCAGGGCCACAUCACUUCUCCACUCGCAUUUCUGUAACACUGAGACUCUGCAGGAGGCUAUUAUCAGGAGCGCCGGCGCUGCAGUGUACGGAAACCGCAGUUUAGUGCAGGAGACGUACUUCCAGCACCAGGGGGGGUCCCUGAGGAACUCCGGCAUCCCCAACCACCAGGACAGCGCCUUCUCGCUGCCCAGCAAAGCCCGACACAGACUGUUGAAACACGGGGUCAACCUGCUCUGACCGACUCCUGCCCUCCGUGCUCAGGAGGGGUCCGUGUACUUCGUGGCCAUCCGUUUUUUGUUUUGAA